GUCACUUCUGUGUGGGGCUCUGGCCUUUGGAGUGCCGCGCUGCCUUUUCCCCCCUUCGGCGCCCCCUCCCCCCCCCCCAGCCGCGCGCUAGCCGCAGGCUCUAGCUAUCGCCGUGGACUCGCGGACUGAUCCCCUGACUGGGCAGGUUUCGGGGCGCGGGGCGCUUCUCUGCGCGGAGGGCGGGGAAGCGGGCUAACUUCGCUGUCCCACCUGCUCCGUGGCGGAGCGCCCGGGAGGGGAAUCUCCCGCGCGAGCGCCUGCCCAGCCCCGCGUUCGGCCCCUGGCCGCGGUGCAGCCAUUGAGUCCGCAGCCUUGGCUAGAGAGCAGGGGCCACACAGGCAGAGCAGAAAGUGAAAGUAACUUGUGCACGCGGAAGUCCCAUGGGAAAAGCAGAGCCCCGCGGAGCCAGCGGGUCUCCCCCAAGGAAGAUGCGGCCAGAGGGCUGGUGAGUCCGGGAACUCCCGCUCCUUCGCACAGCAGCGCGUGGCGCAGCCUGGCCCGGCGGAUUCUGCGCUCCCAGAGCCUCCCCUCGCGCUCUGCACCAGCCUCGCACCAUGCACAAGCCUCUGCCACCACCAUGACCGAGAAGCCACCAGCGCAGCGCUCUCCACCUCCCCCUGCGGACAAUGUUCCAUGGUCAGAUUGGUAGCAACCUUGUGUUUCCUUUGUCUUCCUCUGCAGAGUCUGGGUGCCAGUCACUUGCCAGGGUUAUCUGGUUUUUUUUAGGUCUGUGUUUGGGAUUCUGCCACUGUUCAUAGUUCUGUUGCCAGUAAAUUCAUCUACUUGUGUGAUGGAAAAUACAACUGUAAUACGUGAAAAGUAUGAGAAUAUCCUAAGCCACGAUAUUGAUUUGCUGGAAAAUAUGUCUGAAGAGUAUCGUGACAGGUGCUGCAGGAAUAAAAGACAUGAAAACCCCAGUGCAAUUUUCUGCAAUGAUACUCAGGAAAUAAGGUCAUUACAGAAUAUGGCAUGUGACUUGCUUAAGUUCUUUAAUAAACAAAAGAUCAACAAAGAUUUCAGAUGGCAAACUGCUGUGGUUUCAUGUAUGACAUUAGAAAUUCUACAGUGCAGAUGUGAUAGGGGGAGCAAAAAUAGAAAGGUUUGCAUAUUGGUUACACAAACCAGCAAAGACACAACAGGGGCACAAGGCCCCAAGAAAAAAUGUUGCCAAGAAUUAUGUGAACUAAAGGAAACUAUAUCUAGUCUCAGAUCCUGCUGGAAUAAGUUUGAAAAAGAUAUUGCUAGUCCUGAUGAGAAGAUCCUAUACCUUGUUCCUGGGGACAAAGCCAUUGGAAACCAACAAACUGAACUGCUGAAGUACAAGAAGUGGAAGCUAACAAUACAAUUGGAAGCAAAGACAAACAGAAUAGAAUGCUGUAGCCCCACCUUCACACAAUGAAAAGUACUUAGAUUCUGUAGCUAUCUACAAGUACUUGGUCAUGUUUUUUUGAGUACCUUUAUAUGACUUUAAGGUGAGAAGAAACUUGUUAGAUGCCUACUGCGAUGCCUACUGCCUUGGAAACUGCAAGGAAAGAAAAAUGUC